CCCCCUGGUGGAGCGGAGGCAGAAAUGCAUCCAGAGGAAGUGUUUCGGAAGUGGGUACGGUAGCUCUUCGAGCGAAAGGGCGGAGGAAAGGGGGCCACCGAGUGGACUGAAAAUGACAGUGACUUAGCAUCCGUUCCUCUUUCAGUUUCGUAAUGCGUGACUUUACUGAAAACUAGUCUACGUGUGACCAGAAACGGAUGGCUGAAAGGUGGCGCUGUGUUUACCCAGAUUGCUGAGCACUGUAAACCUUCAGGAGAGACUUAUUAAAGGACCGGCGGGGUUGUUGGAGGUUGCGAUGCAUCAGGGGUGAAGGGGCCUGCUGCGGGGGACACACACGGCAUAAGGCGAGGAGGGGAUCGGGCCGGUCAGUGUGGAGAUGAAGCUCAAACAGCGCAUGGUGGUGCUGUGUGCUGUGCUGCUCCUGCUGGGCCUGGCCAAGAUCUUCCUGCUGGAUGGUGGUGAAGGAUCUGCAGCCAGCCGGCGGGAUGUCAGAGCGUUCCGUAAGAUGGAAGCCAGCCUCUCGCUUCCUCGUGGCGCCCGCCUCACCCACACCCUUCAGUCUCCAUGGGAGAUUGCCAGCCAGUGGGUGGGGCCCAGGGAGGUGUACCCGGAGGAGACCCCGGAGCUGGCUGCUGUGCUCACCGCCAUGAGCACGGCGAGAAUAGAGCGUGCAGACGUGGGCUAUAAGGGCACCCAGCUGAAGGCCUUGUUGGUCCUGGAUGGAGGACAGAAAGUGGUCUUCAAACCCAAAAGAUACAACCGAGACUACGUGGUUGAAGGAGAACCAUACGCAGGUUACGAUCGACACAACGCAGAAGUGGCUGCUUUUCACCUGGACAGGAUCCUGGGCUUCAGGAGAGCACCUCUGGUUGUAGGGCGACACGUCAACCUGCGAACAGAGAUCAAACCCGUGGCCACUGACCAGCUCCUAAGCACGUUUCUCUCACAGGGCAAUAAUACGUGUUUCUAUGGGAAGUGUUACUACUGCCGGGAGACGGAGCCAGCCUGCGCUGAGGGAGAGGUGAUGGAGGGCUCCGUAACACUAUGGCUGCCCGACGUCUGGCCCCUGCAGAAACACAGACACCCAUGGGGGCGCACGUACAGGGAGGGAAAACUGGCCAGAUGGGAGUACGAUGAAAGUUAUUGUGACGCUGUCAAGAAAAUGCCGCCGUACGACGCGGGGCCGAGGCUACUGGACGUCAUCGACACGGCUGUGUUUGAUUAUCUCAUCGGGAACGCCGACCGUCAUCACUACGAGAGCUUCCAGGAUGACGGAGGAGCCAGCAUGCUCAUCCUGCUGGACAACGCAAAGAGUUUUGGUAAUGCAGCUCUGGAUGAAAGAAGCAUCCUGGCGCCACUCUACCAGUGCUGCAUGAUUCGUGUGUCGACGUGGAACCGACUGAACUUCCUGAAAGGCGGCGCUCUGAGUUCAGCGAUGCGCCAGGCUCUGGCGUUCGAUCCCAUCCACCCAGUCCUGGCAGAACCGCACCUCGCAGCCCUGGAUAGGCGUCUGUCUGGAGUCAUAGCAACUGUGAAGCAGUGUGUGGAGGCGCAGGGGCCGGACAACACUUUGAUAGAGGACCGAAUGAACCUCCCACACCCUUAGAAGCACAGGAAGCGAGAUGGAGGGAGGAAGAAUAGGACCAAAGACGGCCUCAUCUCUUUUUUUUCUCUGGCAAAACGAGGGAUCUUCUCAAACAUGUGACUACUUUGUAUAAACUCAGGACGUUAAGCAGCCAAAACUGCAUCUACUGUAAGAACUGAUCAUUUAAUACUACUGGUUUUGGUGCCAACUUCUUCCCAGAAGGUCUUUUUUUUUCUAGGAAGAGCUCCCAGAGACGAUCAUGUUUAAGAGAAGACUUGUUGACUGCACUACUCCAGAGCUGGAAAAUCCAAGAAACUGAAACGCUGCUUUUCAGUCUAAAACAGGAGUUUUAAACUUCUUUUAAAGUCCAAAAACGGCUUGAAUGAACCAAUACUGACCCCUAGGCAGAGAAAAGACUCCUCAGUUUCCAUCAGUGUACAUAUUUAUCUGCUGCGGAACAGUGCCAUAGCCUCACGACAUUAUGAACAUGUUCAGACUAAAACUGCAUGUCAGGCCAUAUUGUGCCGUUUAUGAGAAGCUGCUGACUUGAAUGGGAUAGAAAGGGGGAGUUGCUGCUGUGUGGGUUCAUCUCCAGCAUUAAACUUAAAGGCUGUUUUUAAAUUUGGCUUCUCUCAGUCAUCCUUCACCACAUGAAAGCGCCGGGUCCCUUUCAGAAAUGUGUCAGGCGGCGAGCGCCAGCCUCUCACCGCGCAUCUUUCAGGCUGAGGGGCUUUCGUUUUGCUUUUCCUGUUAUUGUUUGGAUGGCGGCGCGUUAGUCAUUGUUUGAGAUGUGUCAGAGUGUUUCUGUAACAUGCCGCUUAUGGAUGCAAUUGAGCUUGUGAUAACCUGGUAGACUCACUUUCUGUAAAUCCUUUGUUUCCAAAUCAGAUUCAACUUUUAUUUAAGAUCAUAAUUUAUUAGUGAUUAAAAACAAAUAAAGAGGACUUUGUUUUUAAGCUAACAUAUACAUGUAGUGAUACCGUUGAAGUCAUUUGGUAGGAUGAAAACAAAGCAUGUCUUCACAGGAGGGUUCACCUGAGUGGGCUGUAGGAUGGGGGGUUAUGUUGUGGUCAGGACACCUGGGAGGAAGUGGUUCUCCUUUGUCUUCAGCUCUGAUCCUGAGAAGCUUUGAACAAGCAAAGAGUUUCACCUCGGCUUGAGAUGUGUGUGGGCUGCUGAUGAAUAAACUCACAUCGCACCAUUCUUCCAGAAA